AUGGGUAGCGACAUUCCAUCUCGCGGGUUUGUCUUUGUGGGAGGCGGGACGGGUGGUCAUCUCUAUCCGGCGGUGGCGAUCAUCGAGCAGCUUCGCGCGAUCGACGCGGGUGUCAAGACACACAUCGUGUGCUCGCAGCGCCAUCUCGACUCGGCGAUUCUGGAAUCGGAGGAUCAGGCGUUCUCGACGAUCCCGGCGAGCUCUCCGAGCGGCGGGGUUCGCGGCGUGCUGCGGUUUGUCAAGAACUGGGGCGCGAGUGUUCGGGGUGUGCGGAGCGUGAUCAAAUCGAUGAAGAAGGACUGCGACGAGGUCGUGGUGGUUUCGAUGGGCGGGUUUGUGUCGGCGCCGUCGGCGAUGGCGGCUCGCGCGGAGAAGUGCGAGCUGGUGCUGGUGAAUCUAGAUGCGGUUCCGGGCAAGGCGAAUCGGUGGAUCGGGAAACGCGCGGGUCGGGCGUUCACGGCGGCGAAGGUGCGGGACGGAUUGAGCGGGUUCGGUGAGUGGGCGCCGACGCGUCCGAUCGUGCGGGGGUUUGAGGGUCGGCGGGAUCGGAAGCGUGCAUUCGAUGAGUUUGGUUUGGAUUCGGACAAACAUACGCUGCUGGUGACUGGGGGAUCGCAGGGGGCGCGGUCUGUGAAUCGGUUUAUGGUGGAUAUGGCACGCACGCACUCCGAUGCGUUCGAAUGUUGGCAGGUGCUCCAUCAGGUUGGGGGUGGUGGCGACGGCGAAGUUGUGGCGCUUGGGUAUCGUGAAGUGGGUGUAAGCGCGGUGGUGGUGGAAUAUAUUGAGGAGAUGGGCGCGGCGCUUGAAGCCGCGGAUCUGAUGGUGGGGAGAUGCGGCGCGGGGACGGUGGGCGAGUGCUGGGCGGCGGGGGUGCCUGGGGUGUUUCUGCCUUAUCCGUAUCACAAGGAUGAGCAUCAGAAGCACAACGCGGCGGUGCUCGUCGAGGCAGGCGCGGCGGUGGUGUGCGAUGAUCUGAUCGAUGCCGAAAGGAAUGUCGCGGCGCACGGUGAAUCGUUGAGUGCUCUGCUGCGUGAACUUGAUCGGCUCGAUGCGAUGAAGCACGCGCUGGAAGGACUUGGCGAUGCGGACGGGGUGAACAUCGUCGGUGCGUUGUUUGGCAUCAAUCGGGUGCUCGCGAUUGGUUGUGCUGAGCAGCAGCGCGCCGAUGAGGGGCGAGGCGGGGUGAUUGUGGUGCUUGAUGGUGGUGGGCGUGAGCUUGACGAGCAAUCGCGGGUUUUGGGUGCGAUGGAGCGUUUUUGUCCUCUGGCGCGGGUGUGGGUGUAUGAAGAAGGGGCGAACCCACCAUUGCGUGGGUUCGUAGAUAAGACGAAUAAGGUUGCGACUCCGGACUCGGGACGCGAGGCGCGGGUAUCGGAGAAGACGGAAUCUGCGAGUAGGCCGGCGCUUCGGAUUGCGGGGAGCAAUGGGAUUGCGGAGUUGAUGCCUACGGAUGAUGGAAAGACGAUCAGCGGCAGCGAGCAUCAGCUCGGGCGCGGUGAUGGUGUUUUGUCAUCUGGAUCUGGAUCGGGUUGGCGCGUGAUCCUGGUGGGGCGGACGGGAUUGGAUCAGGUGCUGCGGCGCGUUGCGGGGGUGGAGCUGAUCCGGACGCGGGAUUCGUUUGAUGCGAUCGGUGAGCUGAGUGAUCCGAUUGAUGAUGCGUCGCCGGCGAGAGCGGCGGUGCUCGUCGCGGCGGAUGCGGAACCCAAGGGCGAUGAGCUCGGAGGGUUUGUAGAAGCGCUGCGGAUGGUGGAUGCUUCGGUGAAGGUGAUCCGCGUUGGUGAGCGGCAUCCGCUGUAUGACGGGUGUGUGGAUCGUGACGCGAGUGGUGAUCGGGUGAUGGGUGUGAUCCGGGAUGCGGUGGCGAUGCCGCGGGUGAUCAUUCCGAAGGACGAGGAUGAUGAGUCGACUGAAGUCGAGGUCGCUGUUCAAGAAGCUGAAGAGUUGAAGGCUGGUAUCGAUGAAAAGGCUGCUGACAGUGAUGAUCGUGUACUUCGUGAAACGCAAGCUGUGGGUGUUUGUGAAGAAACGAGUGACGAAGUAGACGCGUCGAACAUGCGCGAGGUGAUGAAGCUGCAUCAGCGUGUGAUGUCGGAUGUUGGAUUGGGUGGGGUGGUUGAGAAGCGGGAUGCGUAUUCGGCUGGUGAUUUAACUGAUGAAUGUGUAAUCCGCGCGAUGGGUGAGGGACGUUCGGUACUUGAUGAUGCGCUGGCAUUGAUCGCGGCUCGGACAGGUCGGCAGGGGUGGUCGUUUGUGACGGGGCAGAGUGAUAAUGGGGUUGCGGUUUCUGCGGGGGGCAAGGUGUUUGGGUCGCUCGUGUGCGAGGAUCGCGCGUGGGCGCAGGGGAACGGGGCUCGCGCGAUUGGCGAGCACGCGUCGUGGCUGGGGUCGUGGUUGCGGCUUGAAGCGCAGCAGCGCGAACUGAGACUCGCGGCGUUUACGGAUGAGCUGACUGGUGCGUGGAAUCGUCGGUACUUUACGAGGUUCCUUGAUGCCGCGAUCGAUCAGGCGCGCAAUGCGCGGCGGACGCUGACGCUGUUGUACUUUGAUAUCGACGAUUUCAAGGGGUACAACGAUCGGUACGGGCACGCGGCGGGGGAUGAGAUCUUGGUUGAGACGGUGCGGCUGCUGGAGUCGGUGAUCCGUCCUGGGGAUAAGGUGUGCCGGAUUGGUGGGGACGAGUUUGUGGUGAUCUUUUAUGAACCCAAGGGACCUCGGGAUCCGGGGUCGAUGCCUCCGGAGUCGAUCUAUGACAUCGCGACGCGGUUCCAGAAGCAGAUCUGCAAUCACAACUUCCCGAAGCUCGGCGAUGAGGCGUGCGGCACAUUGACGGUGUCGGGUGGAUUGGCUUCGUAUCCGUGGGAUGGGAGUGAUGGGGAGUCGCUCUUGGCGCUCGCGGAUGAGUUGGCGCUGCAGUCGAAGCGGUCGGGGAAGAAUGUGAUCACAAUGGGGCGCGGGGCUGAGGGUGUGUGCACGGUGGAUCGGGACCGCGGGUAA